AUGUCUGUAGCUGCUAAGAGAGUCCUACGCCUUCCGCCACUGCCCACAAUCCGGGACUUGGUGAAGCUGUAUCGCUUGCAGGCAAUAAAGCAGCUCUCGCAGAACUUUCUCAUGGACGAGCGUCUCUCGGACAAGAUUGUGAGGGCAGCGGGGAAGCUUGAUGGUAACACUGUGUUGGAAGUGGGUCCAGGACCCGGAGGAAUCACCAGAUCUAUCAUACGGAGGUGUCCGAAGCGGCUGGUGUUGGUGGAGAAGGACAGGCGCUUUCUGCCGACACUGGAGUUGCUUCAGGAGGCUACCCAGGGACAUGUUGAAGUCAGUAUCGUGCGCGAUGACAUCCUGAAGUAUCCCACAGAGUUGGCAUUCGCAGAUGUUCCGGUCACAGAGUGGGAGGGCGCGAGAGCACCGAUUCAUCUCAUCGGAAACCUCCCGUUCGCCAUCUCGACGCGACUCCUCAUCAACUGGCUCAAGGAUGUGAGCCUCAGGAGGGGCGCCUGGGCGUCCGGGCGUGCUGGCAUGACUCUCACGUUCCAGCAGGAAGUGGGUGAGCGCAUCACAGCGCCCAUACUAGACAACCAGCGCUGCAGAUUGUCAGUGAUGUCACAGAUUUGGACGGUGCCCUUCCUCAAGUUCAUCAUCCCGGGGCGCGCUUUCGUGCCCCCACCAGAUGUCAAUGUGGCCGUGGUGACGAUUGUGCCACUGAAGGUGCCCAAGACUCAGCUACCUUUCGAUCUGGUGGAGAAAGUCGUGCGGCACAUCUUCUCGAUGAGACAGAAGUACAUCCGUCGUGGCAUCGGCAAUCUCUUUCCGGAGGACGUGAGGGAGCAGCUGACGGAGCAGGUAUUCAGGGAGGCUGAUCUUGAUCCCACACUGCGCUCCUUUCAGCUCUCCGUUGAGGAAUGUCUUAGAUUGGCGGAUGCUUUUCACAAUAUCGUGAAGAAACACCCAAGAAUUGAUCAGUUCAACUACAGAGCGCCCAAAGAUCAGCGCUUCUUACUCUCUGAUGAUCCAUCAGAUGUCCUGGAAGUACAGUGAGCAGAGGCGGAAGUGUGUAGAAUUGUUAGAAUAUAUUUUUCCGAGAAAAAAAAACUUGAUUU